GGUUCAUGAGGCAGGGUCCUGACAGUGUAGUGCUGACGUCUGUGUAUUGCAGCAAGGGAUUAUGUCUGCAAUCAGUCUGGAUUUAGCCUUGCCUGCUUGAUGUUUGCAGCGCUGCGUGUGCAUCCUGCACACAUUGAGGGGGCUUGUACUGGCGCUGUCACUGUCCAUGGGGUAAGAAGCCGAACGCCGUAGCUGAGGGAUUUUUAUUUUAAAUCAGCCCAUCAUUUCUCCCAGCAGUAGACUGCAAGGUUUUCUCGUCUCUCUUCCCUCCACCACCGGAUCAUGGGGGAGAUUCCCAGUUUGCUGAAAAUCGGUGUCUCUUUGAGAAUCCAGCCCGGUGAUGGCCCGGUGUAUUUCAAAGUGGACGGUCAGCGAUUCGGACAGAACCGCACCAUUAAGUUGCUUACAGGAGCUAAGUAUAAGGUCGAUAUUGUACUGAAGCCGGGGAUUGUAGCAGUCAAGUCGAUGAUGAUCGGAGCAGUGCCAAUUCCUCUGGGGGAGAAAUCGCGGGACCCCCAAACUGUGGAUUACACUGGCAUCUAUGACACGGAGGGGGUGGCUCACACAAAAAGCGGGGAACGUCAGCCUCUACAAGUCCACAUCCAGUUUGAUGACAUUGGCACCUUUGAGACAGUAUGGCAAGUGAAGUUCUACAACUAUCACAAGCGCGAUCACUGCCAGUGGGGAAACAGCUUUGGAAGCAUUGAGUAUGAGUGUAAACCCAACGAGACACGGAGCCUGAUGUGGAUCAACAAAGAAAUGUUUACUUAGGAUGCUAUUUUACAGAAAAUCUUCUGAAACAUCAGCAAUGGACAAAUUAUAGCUGUCUACAGUCAAGAAUAAAAUCACCACGCCUUAAUGUAGACACAUUUGGGUUGAAAUUGCAGUGUGCAAUAUUAAUAAUGGAAGCAGUAAAUGCUGUUAUAAAUUUGUUUUGCCUGACAUUUUAAUGUGGGGCAAUUAUUCUUAAACAGAAAUAUUCAAUGUGAAUACAUUUGAGACACAUUUGUUAUCAAUAUCACUCAACACAGUUUAAACUCCAGUAUCUCCCUUCUAUUACAAUAUUUACAGUUGGCAUUAACAGUAAGGAGGGUGCAUUUUGAUGUGAAGUUUCUGUAAACUGUCUUAACAAAGCAAACAAAGGUAUCUUAUACAAAUGGAGUGCUGAUCUGGUACAACUCAGCUAAGUGUUGAAAGAAAGAUAUAAAUAAUUCUGCAUGGGCAACUGUUUAAGUUACCGUUGCAAUAUACAGCUCACCAGACGGACACCAGUAAUUUGUGUUCUUUUAUGUACUAAAUUGAUUUAGCCUACCUUGAAUUAGGUACAAGUGGUAAGUUGUGGGAGUGACGAGUUCUGUAUCUGGAGUUAGUCAUUGCAAGAUGAAUUUGAACAAAGGUUGGCUGAAAAUGUGUAUGUCAUUCAGUUAGGUUUUAAUAUAUGUUUGUGAUUCAAUGUAUUUCUGAAAUAGUGUUUUUUGAAUUACGAUGUGUUGCUGUUUGCACCCAAAGGUUUUUGUAUAAUUGUGCAAUGUAGUGUUCUCUUUUGUAAUGUUUUUGGAUUAGGUUUGGGGGGAGGUAAUGAGCAUUCCCACAAAAUAUGUUAGCUGUGGAUAAACUGCUGUAAAAGCAACUAUUGUAUCUGUAUUAAGAAUUCCAUGAAAAUUAAAUUCUACAUUGAGAGCCAGUGGUGGCCAAUUGAAA